GUGAAAUAUAUUUCUUUUUUUCUACAAUAACAUCGCACUUAGAUGGCUUGUAAAAGAUUGUGAAUACUUUUGAAAAUCUUUAACCAUCGACUGUUGGAAUAAUAGUGGAAAUUUCUAAGUGAACUUGACUCUGGUUGAGGAAGGUUUUGUCUUUCGAAUGAACUGUUAACGUCGAACAUCAUUGGAAAAAGAGCAAAUAGAAAGUUUGAAAAACUACAUGUGGUUUGCUCAAAUUCUGAAUCUCAGGAAAUUAUGUAAAAGUUCCUUCGAAAGAGACAAGUUUCCUCCUCAAAAUUUAGCCGAUCUCUAAAAUUUGAACAAUCUUUUACGACUCACUCAAUUAUGAUGAUAUUGCAGCAACAAGAAGCUUAUUUUGCCGAACUUUCUAUCUGUUUUCGAAACCUAGAAUUCGAAAACCUUACCGAGGUCUACUGAGUACCUACUUUGCUGUAAAAAUAACACUUUUUCGAAAAUACCCUUAUCGUAUUGCAGUACAUUAGAUUCUUUAUCGAACCGACAAACAUUUUGGGGUGUGGGUGUGCACAUGUUAUCUGGUAAAUCCACAAGUGCACUCACACUGCGGACCCACAUCCACACACACACCACCCACCCACCCACACCCACACCCACAUCCUCAACAAUGGAAACAACACUUUUAAAAUUUGGUCAAGAGCUGUUAAUUCUAAUGUACAAUUAUUUACUUUGAGUAUGAACAUAAAUUAAAUGAUUCAUGUACAUGUAUUAGUGUUGAUCGAAUAAUUGCAUCUAUUGAACAAUCUAAUGAUAAAAUAAGUCAAAGAUCGUGGGAAUGGAGUUUAAUGCUGCCUGAUGAAGUUCAUACAAAAUUAUGUCUUAGAGCAAAAUUAGUUAGAGAAAAUGAUAAAAUAGCUGAUUUAAAUUGUUUAAUUGGAUCUAAAUUAUAA